AUGUCUGCAACUGAUAAAUCACCAGAGGUUGUUGAAACAGUCCAACGCGACUCAUUUGAGCCAUCACAUAGCAACGAUGCCCCACCACAAAAACAACACUACACAUACGACGCAGAAGCUAGACGUCAUCGUUUAGAUGGUGGUGUCAAACUCAGAGACGCAUUGAUGAUUCUUUGUGCCGGGUUUGCUUUAAUUUCUGAUGGGUACCAAAACAAUGUCAUGUCAAUGUUGAACAAGGUGUUUGCUAUUGAAUAUCCUGAUGUUUACGAUACCGAUUUGUCAACUCAAGUUUCCAAUGCUUCAUUGGUUGGUACAAUUUUUGGCCAAUUAGUCAUUGGGUUCUGUACUGAUUUGAUCAGUAGGAAAUCGGCCAUUGUUAUUGCCACAUGUUUUCUAAUUUUUGGCAGUGCAUUGUGUGCUGCUUCUCAUGGUAAAACUGUAUUGGGUAUGUUUUGGAUGUUGACCAUUAUGAGAGGCGUCACUGGGUUUGGUAUUGGUGCUGAAUACCCAUCAAGUUCAGUCACUGCGAGUGAAGCAGCCAAUGAAUCGGUCAAGAGAAGAGGAAUGGCAUUCAUCUUGGUUACCAAUGUCCCGUUGGCAUUUGGUGGACCAUUUGCAUCGAUUAUUUUCCUCAUUGUCAACAAAAUUACCAAAACCCAUUAUGAUGCCUUGUGGAGAACCAUGUUUGCCAUUGGAUGUUUUUGGCCGUUAUCGGUUUUCUAUUUCAGAAUGAAGAUGGUGACUAGUGAAUUGUUUCAAAAGAAUGCCAUUAGACAUAAACCCCCAUACUGGUUAGCUCUCAAAUAUUAUUGGCCUAGAUUAUUGGGGACCACGGUGACUUGGUUCUUGUACGAUUUUGUAACUUUUCCCAAUGGUAUCUUUUCCGCUACAAUCAUCUCCAAUGUUAUUUCCGAUACUUCUGAUUUGGAGAAAAUCGCUGAAUGGAACUUGUUGCUUGGAGCAAUUGCAUUACCUGGAUGUUUUGUUGGUGCUUAUAUCGUCGAUAAAAUUGGCAAGAAAUACACUAUGUUGAUUGGGUUUAUUGGGUAUAUUGUAUUUGGACUCAUUGUUGGUAUUGCUUAUUAUAGAGUUAAAAAGAUUACAGCAUUGUUCAUUGUACUUUAUGGAUUGAUGCAAAGUUUUGGUAAUGCCGGUAUGGGGAAUGUCUUGGGUUUGGUUUCAAGUGAAUCUUUUGCUACGCCAGUAAGAGGUACUGGAUACGGAAUCAGUGCCAUUAUUGGUAAAGUUGGUGCUGUUUGUGGUACAAAGGCAUUUGAACGUGUAUUGACCAUUGGGGGAUCUAAGGCAAGUGGUCAAAGAUACACAUUUAUUAUUGCUGCUUGUUGUGGAUUAUUGGGGGUCAUCAUGACCUGGUUGUUCAUUCCUCAUUUGAAAACUGAUGAUUUGAUGGAGGAAGAUGUUAGGUUCAAGAAUUAUCUUAGGGAUCAAGGUUGGAAGGGUACUAUUGGGCUCAAGAGUGAAGACAGAGAGGAUGAGGAGGAGAAUAUUGAUAGUUCUGAAGAUUCUGAAAUUAUUGAGUUGCAAGACCAAAAGCGAAUCGAGCAUAAGGGUAAUAUGUAG